AUGAUUCUUAAAAAUAUAUUUUUUAUUAUUGUUCUUUUGAACUAUAUUGCGUACUUAAAAAAAGAAUAUCAGUGUUCUUGUGAAUCUAACCAACCAAAUCCUUUUGCACAACCUGAAGGUGAUGAAGAGGAAGAAUCAUUAUCAUCAUCCAAAGUGAUGGAAAAAGGUCCUCUUGAAGCAAAGGCUGAUGAUGGUAAUAUCAAUAAUGGAAAUAACGGUGGUGAUAAUGAUUCAUACUAUGGGAAUAAUGGGGGUGAUGAUGAUGACAAUGACAAUGAUGAUGAUGAUGAAGAAAUAAGUGGUGAUGACGGUGACGAUGAUGAUGAUGAAAUUGAAGCUGAUGAUAAUGAUGAUUUAGUAGAUCUUGAUGAUGAUGAGGAGGAAAAAGAAAAAAAAAAGAAAAUUAAUAAUGAAAAUUGA